AGUUUACAUUUAUAGAGCUGUGAGAAGUGUAGUGUUUUCUUUGUAUAAUAAAUAUUUUGCAUAUAUUUCUGUAACAUAAAUUUUGGAUCCAAGUUCAAUAACAUGGUGAAAAAUAUCCACCAAAGAUGACCUUAAUCCUUUGCUGAUACACACAAAUCUUUAGUAUGUUUAAUAAUAAUGAAGAAUAAAGCCUUGAUUUUGUGUUUCCUUUAUUUUUGUUUUUUAAAAUGUCGGUGUGUGGACCAAGCAUCUUUUUAUGGCAACAGCUUCAUAGCUCUUCCAUUCAAAGAAGCAAGAAGCUCUACAGAUAUUAAUUUUAAAUUCAAGACCCAUCUGUCUAGCGCUCUAAUUUUUUUAGUAGCUGGAAAUACUGAUUAUUGCAUUGUUCAAUUAGAAAAGGGAAGAAUUAAAGUUAAUAUAAAUUUGGGUUCUGGAGAAGCUGAAGUUGUUUCUCCAGGAAACCUUAAAUUAAAUGAUCUCAAAUGGCAUGAGGUUUCUAUAGAAAGAAGAGAUGCCAAUUUAACAUUAAUCAUUGAUAAGUCCCAUAAAGUACAAAAACAUUUACCAGGUAAAUUCUUUGAGCUUAACAUUCACUAUGGUCUGUUCAUUGGUGAUAACAAAAACCGAAACAAUACUGAUAUAUUUUUUGGACAUUUGGAAAAAUUCAGAGGUUGUAUAUCUGAGCUAAAAUAUAAUGGAAUCUUGGUAUUAGAUCAAGCACGGUAUAGACAAUCAGAGUCCAUUGUCCAGGGAAUCACUUGGAACUGUGCAGCUGAAUUUGAUGCAAGUGUAGAUCAACCUAUCAGUUUUAUUGAAGAUGAUUCUUAUGUGUUAAUCUCAGAUAAAAUUACUAAUAAAAAAGCACUGAAUAUUAAUUUUGAAGUAAAAACUACAAAGAUGAACGGACUACUCUUUUACAAUACUGGCAAAAAAAUUAAACAAGAUUUUUUAUUAAUAGAACUGAGCAAUGAAUCAAUAAUUAGUAUUAUUAAAAUUAAUGAAAAGACUACUAAAUUAUCUAGUAAAAAUAUAAAAGUAUCUGAUGGCGAAUGGCAUAAAAUAUCUGUCCAGAUGCUACCAACAAUUGUAGAGCUAACUAUUGAUGAAACAGUAUUCAGUGAGAAGAAUAUUCAUGGUAGUAUUUUUCAAAUGGCAGACACUUCCUUUAUAGGUGGUUUAGAGAACAGUAAAAGGUUCCGUGCUACUCAAAAAGGUUGUAGUGAUUCCUGUGACACCAGCUUUAAAGGUUGUCUAAGAUACCUCACUAUCUCUGAUGUUAAAAAAGGCAUUCCAGAUGCUCAAGUAACAGAAGGAAUCAUGCCUGGGUGCCUUUGGCAUUAUCCAUGUCUGCAAAAUCCUUGCAGCAAUAAUGGUGUUUGCGUUCAGCAGGGUUUAGAUUCAUUUCACUGCCAGUGCAAAGAAGAAUUUUGUGUCAAUCUGAAUUACAGUGAAGGGUACAAAGUUUUCUCUGAAAGCAGUCUAGCAACAGAUCUAGAAUUAUUGUCAGUUGAACCUUUGCAAGUGUUAGAAGGACAGAGUGAACUUUUGACAACCAAUAAUUUACACAUGAUCUUGGAUUAUCAUAAAUAUGGAAUUACUGAUUCAGGUAUAACCUUUUUUGUUAUUGGAGGCCCUGAACAUGGAAGCAUAACACUUGAUAUUUGGCCACAUGAUAAAAAUUGGUUUACCUUUCAUGAUCUUGUUAGAGAUAAAGUACAUUAUAUUCAUGAUGGAUCAGAAGAAAAACAUGAUCAUUUAAUAAUGGAAGUUAUGUUUACUACAUCUGAUUCCUUUACCCUGCCUGAAUAUUUACAGGGUAGAUUUAGAUUUAAUUUCUCUGUGGUUGUUACUCCAACAAAUGAUCCUCCAGUCUUGGACAUUGCUGAUGCCACAGUUUUAAGGACAGUUCAGGGAACAAAAAAGUUUUUAUCUUCAGACAUAUUCAAAGUUAUAGAUUCAGAUAAUACACCAGAUCAGUUGAUUUAUUCUAUUUUGAAAUGCGAAGAUGGUUAUUUUGAAAAUGUUAAUAACCCAGGUACAAAAAUAAUUUCUUUUACCCAAGAAGAAGUGAAUGGAGGCUUGAUAUUAUUUUAUGAUAAAAGUUCAGACAAAAACACAUCGUAUAUAAGCAUGCAAGUUUCUGACGGCCUUGAAAUUAGCCCUGUAUACCGAUUAAGGGUGGCUAUUUCGCCUCAAUAUUGGAGAAUGGAGCGGAAUACUGGUUUAAUUGUACUGCACCAAAGUGUAUCUGUUAUAACUCCGUAUAAUUUGAGUUUCACUUCAAAUGUAGCUAUUCCAGAUUAUUUAAAAUACUUCAGCAUUGUUAGAAAACCGGCGUAUGGUGUUGUAGAAGUAGAGAAAACUGGCAACUCUUGGGAACAUUCUGAUUAUUUUACUGGAAAUGAUUUGAAGCAGCACAGAGUGCGUUAUAGACAUACUAAUGCCAAUCCGGAUUUUGAUGAAUUUCAGUUUGUUACAAUGGAUAAGACUGUCAUCUACACCUUUCGCAUAAUUUUUGCAAGGUGCAGCUUACAAAAAUCAAAGUUAAAAACUAUGCUCCUGAAGGGUGAAUGGGAAAAGCAAGUGUCGACGAAUGACAUACUGUUUGAGACCAAGCCGACAAAACCGUUAACGUCCAUUCAUUACGUCAUUGCCGAACCACCUAGAUAUGGAUAUUUGUUUUCAGCAGAAUCGAAAUAUAAGUUAAAGUCUUGUGAUGUCUUUACCCAAGAAGACAUUAUUUCUCAUAAUGUAAGAUAUAAAUUAUAUCAAAAACCUUAUUCCGAAGUUAAAGAUGGCUUCACGUUCGUUGCUAUAUCUUCUGGAUGUAACAAUGUUACAGCAAACUUGACAAUAAUUUAUACUCCAUCUAAGGAUAACCUUACCAAACUGACUGUAAAUUUGAAUAACUUGGAAGUAGAUGAAGGAUCUUCAGUAGUAGUAGAUGACUCACAUUUAUCAUUUCAAGCUGAUUUUUUGAGUAGUAUAACGUUCAAUAUCACUGAAAAGCCAAAGCAUGGGUUUUUGCAGAAGAUAGACAAAGAUUUCAGGAUCAAUGGCACAAAUGUUUUUACUACUGACGAUAUUAACAGCGGUUCUAUUUACUAUGUUCACGACAAUUCAGAAACUAGAACAGACUCAUUUACUUUCAUGGCGUUAUCGUCAAAAGGAGAAAUUUUUCAAUAUGUAGGACAGUUGAAUAUAAAAAUACUCUUGAAAAAUGACAACAGCCCUGUAAGAACUGUAGAUAAGGUCUUUCAUGUUGUGGUAGGGGGAGAAAAAAUACUCACUGGAAAGGAUCUAAAAUACGUAGAUGCAGAUCUAGAUACUCCUCAGUCCCAAAUAAUAUACACCUGUAGAGAAUCUUCUAAUGGAUAUUUUUAUAAUAUUGCAAAUAUAAGCACAAGAGUUGUAGAGUUCUCGCAGGACGAUUUAGAUAAUAACAGAAUUAUUUUUAAACAUAAAGGCCCUGAGUUUGGAAAGGUAAGACUAUGGGUGACAGAUGGCCAAUUCCAUCUGAACGGUGCCCUAGAAGUUCAAGCCUCUGCUCCAUUUAUACACGUCAAUAUGAAGAAGAAAAUCAUUGUGGAGCAAGGAAGAAUAGUAGCAAUAACUAGUGAGCACCUGUCCUAUGCAACGAAUUUAUACGCUUUUGAUAAAGAUGUAAUAUAUGAAAUUAUUAACAAGCCUAUCUUUGGAAAGAUAGUUUUAUCCAAAACGCUUAAGGUGGUAAAAAAUUUUACACAAGAUGAUAUAAAUAAGGGCUAUGUAAGCUAUUUGAAUGAACAUUUGGGGGUAAAUGCAGAUGAAGUUGGUAUGAAAGUUACAUGCAAAGAUGCAGUUAAUAUCGCCCAACUAGGUAUUUGGAUACUACCCUCAAAUUAUUGGGAACCCUUAGAAAUAAAAACACUGAAUAAGAUUUCCGUGGAAGAAUCUACAAGUGUGCUGAUUACGAAGAAGUUUUUAGAAGUAACUCAGCGAAAUGUUCCACCUUCCGUAAUUACUUAUUAUAUUGUCCAAAUGCCGGAGUACGGCUAUAUAACUAUUCUGUCAGACGUUAAAAACGCUGAAGAGUCCGUUAAUAUCUUAACUUUUACUCAAGACUUAGUGAAUGAAAAUAAAAUAUUAUAUGUCCAAUCUACAACGAACCAAACCAAAGAUAAAAUUAUAUUUAAUAUAACUAAUGGAGUUGUUUGGAAUAGUAAUUUUCAGUUUAAUAUAGAGAUAAUUCCAGAAAGACUGUUUUUAGGUACUAGUGAUCUUAUUGUUAAUGAAGGUGGAAUCGGUAUUUUAUCUUCUGCCCAACUAUUUGUAUUGACUGAUUACUAUAAGUCGAAAGUUACCUCAUAUUCCAUUAAAGGAAAUGUUGAACAUGGCUGUAUACAAGUACACAAACGAUGCAUAACAUCAAAAAGCUUUUCUGUCAAAGAUAUACAGGCGGGUGCAGUUCAGUAUCUACACGACGGCACCGAGAGUACCAGGGAUCAAUUAAUAGUUGUUGGGGAAACGGAGAUGAAGAAAACUAGUGUACCGAUUACUUUAAAUAUUAUUAUUUUUCCAGUUAAUGAUCAAAAGCCCAGAAUAGUCAAUAAUACAGGGUUAACUAUGUGGGAAGGAGGUUUUGCAUAUAUUACCAAUGAAAUGCUAGCUGCUGUUGAUGAUGAUAAGCCCAAGGAAAUUUUGAAGUUUCAAGUUCAGACGUGCUGGUUUGGAAUAGUUUCUCUAAUAUCAAAUAUAACAGCUCAACUGAAUACUUUUACUCAGGAUAUGAUCGAUCAACGCUUAAUAGUAUUCAGACAUUAUAAUGGCACAGGUGCAAGGUUCAAAUUUAACGUCACAGAUGGCCUACACACAACGAAAGAUUGUAUUUUCCACAUUAAAACAAAACCUGUUGAAAUGAAACUGAUAAACAACCCUCUUCCUAUAUUUCCUUUACAGAAAAAAUUCUUAACAUCAAAGCAUUUAGUUACUGUCGUCUCAGAUCCUUACAGAAAAAUUGAAUAUGAUGUUGUUAAAGCCCCAAGCUUAGGGAGGCUUAUGAUGGAGUCAGAAAAACCGGGAAUAUUUCAAGUCAUAUCAACAUUUUCACAGGAAGAUUUAAAUACCAGCAAAGUAUUUUACGAACACACUCAUCAGUUUUCUGAUUUAUAUGCUAAUGAUUCUUUUGUGUUCAAUGUCAGGACUCACUUGGCUCCAAAAUUAUUGAAUCAGAUAUUUAGAAUUGAUAUUUCUGUAUCGUCUGGUGGACUUGACGCUUAUAUGAAUAUACCAAAACUGUAUGUAGAUGAAGGAGGUACAAUAACAAUACCGUUAAAUAUGUCCGGGGUAGUGACCUUUCUAGAAAGUCACGCAGGACUUCGUUCUCCUAUAAUCCAUGCAUCUGCUCUACCUCCUCAGCACGGCCAAGUGUACUCUCAACAGAAUCGAAAUGUGACAACGUUUACGCAGCUGCAACUAGAGUCCGGUCAGGUUUACUACGAGCAUGAUCAUUCUGACACGUUGGGGGACAAUAUAUACUUUUCGUUGUAUCUGAUUCCAGGGCCAAUUACUUUAUGUAAUGUAACAGUUCCUAUAAUAGUAAACCCCGUAAACGACCAACCCUUUGUACUGGUAACACCCGCUCCAAGCCUGGUAGUAGUACAGGGAGAAAAUCGCACUAUAACAAGACAUGAUUUAGCAACAGAAGAUGCUGAUACCCCGCCGGAAAAACUUAAAUAUGAUGUCAUCUCGGGACCAUCCCACGGAAAACUGGUACUAGAGAAUAUAUCAGUAACUUCAUUCACACAAGCUGAUAUUGAUAACAACAAACUGUACUAUGUCCAUAAUGGAAGCUCUUUAAAAGACUCGUUUCCGUUUAGAAUUUGGGAUGGAAAAUUUAGACCACAGUUUAAUUUGUUUAAUGUUAUAGUUUCUCCAAUUAAUAUCAGUGUAAAAGCAGGUAUGGUCGUUAAUUUAUUGCAAGGAUCCUAUGAUAUUAUCCUAUCUGAACAACAGUUCUUCAUUAACACUAAUGCUGAUAAAAAUAAGGUCGAGUUUUCUUUGAAGAGACCGCCAAAAUAUGGUUUACUUUACAAAGAUAACCAAGCAAACUUAACCUAUUUUUCUUAUGGAGAUUUAAUAAAUGGAAAAAUUAUGUACCUACAGACUGAUAUGAGUGUCUCAAACGAUAGUUUUUCUGUAAAUGGAGAAAUCUUUUCGGGUGGGAAUUCUUUCGGAGAUUGUGUAGAAGUAGUCAUUAAAGUUAAGCCAUUUAUGCACAUACAUAAUUUGACCACAAAAGCUGGAGAGACAACUCGAUUGACUCUGAAUUCUUUAAACGCUUCACCUCUAGCCAAACUAACUAACGGUAAUCCUCGCUAUACAAUUAUCAACCAUCCCAAACACGGUGAAGUAAGAAAGAUCAUAAGAAGUUCUGGAGAAAAGAGAAAUAUUCUUGACAUAGCAGUGUCAAGCUUUUCUCACGAGGACAUACAAAGUGGCCUAAUAUUUUUUGUAGUAAAGGAAACUGAUGUACCAAAAUAUAGUUUUCUAGAUAGAAUGGUUUUUAUAUUGGCUGCUAAUAUAGUGCAACCGGCAGUAGGAGAGUUGAAAAUAGUAGUCAAGUCACCUUUAGGUAAUGACAUCUUCUCCACGCUCCCAGGACCAAGUGAUCCUGCCAGUCAUGAAGGCGGACUGUAUUUGGCCAGUCCAAAUAUGACCAAAGACUAUUUAUUAAUCGUGAGCAUGGCAGUAGGAAUAGUAAUUUUGGGCAUAGCAGUUAUCGUGGUUAUUAAGUGUCGAUCAGUAGAUAAUCACAUAAAUAAAGAAGAACAUUGCGUUCAACCUAUACCAUUACCCCGUCCACCUGAUAGACUUAUGACAUCAUCGCCAUCCUUAAGAGAAUCGUUACCAGAUGAAUACGCAGUGGAGUUUACAUCCGAAUUUCCAAUUUCUUUUACAACUGAUGUAUCGGCAGACUUCGCGCCAGUUUUUACAACAGAUUUUACUCCAGAAGUUUCCGCCGAAUUUACAUCAGACUUUUCAUCCGAUUUUACACCUCUAAGUAUAGUGCCUCAUUGCAAAGUAACUCCUUUGUCUAAAAUUGAACUAGAGUCGCCCCAUAUGUUCUAUCCAUAUGGAGUAGAUGAUCAAAUGGAUGACUGGAGUGAGGUACUUGAUGAGCCAGAGGUACCAGAGCCAAUGCCUUGUCCAUCCAACAGCAGCAUUCUUUUACGAAAGAAUCAAUAUUGGGUUUAAACAUGUUUAUUUAUCUCUUAUAUCAUGAACAUGUCUAGCUGCAACUUGUGAUUUAAGUGGCUAAUAUGAUAACCAUACAUCUUAAUAUCGAGGUUACAGUUAUUUAUAUUUAUUAUAGUUUUGUCUAGUAACUGUUAAAACGUGAAGAAUCCGUAUUUAUGUAAAUCUAAACAUUUAAAAUGUAUU